AUGCAUCAGUACCAUGGCGGUCAAUUCCAUGAUGGAGACCUAGACGACCUGGCAGCGGCAUGUUACCAGCGACUUCCCGUGAAUACCUUGAUCACAGAGUGCCCGUUGUGUCCGAAAGGAGUGAGUCGGGAUUUGGGUUCAGGAGAAACGAUCAAUCACGUUGCUGCGCACCUGCUUUCCCUGGCACAGAUCACUAUUGCGGGACAUAUGGAUGGCGAUGGAGGCCAGUCAGAAGCCGCCUAUCCAGAAGGAACAUCGCGCGGCGGUCUUUCCCCAGGUGCAAGUGAAGGAUCGAUUGCAAAGCGCUUACGUGCUGAAUUCCCUGAAAUACAGGAUGAUGAUGCGCCUGGAUGGGGAGCAGAACAAGCUUAUAACGAGUAUGCAUCUCAAUCCUUACCUGAAGAAAUCCCGGAUGUGGAUGAGGAUUUUUGUCGUGAAGCCGGGCGGUUGGUGCGAGAAACACUGCACCUUUCGCCCUCCACUCUACAGCAACUGGUGAUAUACCCGUGUCUAAGCGUCGGGGGAGAUGUCUCCCAAACUACAGUGAUUUUGCCAUUGCAUCAAGGCGACAUCAUCUUUGUGCAUUCUAUUCAUACCAAUGGCUGGGCCGACGGAACGCUACUCGAAACUGGCGCCCGUGGCUGGCUACCCACCAACUACUGCGACACAUACGACCAGCUGCCAAUGCGUCGUCUCUUAGACGCAUUGUCUGGUUUUUGGGAUAUCACUCACGGCGGCUUGGAAUCUCUGGGUAACUUUGGCAACCAGGAUCGCGUGCAAGCACAAGGAUUGAUUGAUGGAGUCCGCUUCCUCUUGGCCCAUGACAGUCUCCGGAGGAUCCGCAAAGCUCUACUGGCUGAUCUCUCAUCCUUGGUCCAGACUACCAAGAAAUUCCACGAGAUUGCUAGUGGUCAACCCAUGGACGACGAAGUGGAGUACCUGAUUGACAAAAUGCUGCUCAAAGCAUUCCAAACUGUCACUCGAGGCGUCCGGUUUCUCGAUGUCUGGAGCGCGGAAGUUGGUCUAAACCGGACAAUCACGGAACUGGAGCCACCGCAAAUAGCCCUGAACGACAUUCCUCUAACAUCAGGAUCGGAAGCCUCCCCCAUGCUUUUCAACCCCAUCUACCAUUGA